AUGGCCGGCCACUGCUUUGAUGCGGUGAGACAGGAACAACCAGCAGAAGCCAAGGCCAAAUUCAAACAGGAUGGAUGGGCGGUCGUUCCAAAUAUAAUCGAUGACACGAAGGCAAAGGAGGUCGUCGAUCGCCUCUGGAAAGCCAAGGAGGAGAGCGAACGACGAGGUGAUCCCACCUAUCUGGACUGGCUGGAUCCAAACUCUAGCAACGUUCUCAUCUUCUAUCUGAUGGAGCUGGACUCCAUCUUCCGCGAGCUGAUCGCGCAUCCCGUGGCCGUGGAGAUGGUCCAAUCGGCCCUGGGCCAAACCUUCCUCAUCUCUAACUACACGGCCAACAUUGCGCUCCCCAGAACUAAGUCUAUGGGACUCUACUCCGAUCUCUCCCUGCAAUGUCCCGAUCCCUGGUUGUCAACGUGGAGACUGAAUGUAGUCUGGUGUCUGCACGAUAUGUAUCGUUCACGUUAA